AUGGAUAGUUACAGUGACCAACCAAGUGAUAUAUUACAACAAUCGGCGUCAAUAUCCUCAUCUACAUCAUCUAGUUCCUACCGAGAUUACGCAGUUGGGAAACUAAGCAAAGCAGUUGCUAAAGGAAAUAGAAUUGUUGAAUCUAAACCUGGUAGUAAACGAGCCUUUGCAAUGAAUACAGCAUCAUCAUUAUUUGAAAAAGGAAUAGAGAGAUAUAAUUUAAAUGGCAAUGGAUCUCGUCGAACAAGAAGUGGAUCAUAUGAUUUAACAGAUGAACAAAUUUCUCAAAUCGAAUCAAUGGCAGAUUCAGCAGAGGCUGAAAAACGACCUAAAUCUAAUCAUUUUGCUGAUCGAAUGAUUGAAAAAUUAUUGAAAUCAGUAUUACCUCAAGAUUUACCAGAAAGAGAAUUAUUUGAGAAAAGAUUAAAUGAUCCAGAUAGAAAUAAAAGACCAGGAUUAUCUGUAACUGUUUUAACAUCCAAUGUUAGACAAAUGGCACGGAAAAUGACAAAUUUUUUUGCCAUACAAUAUGAAAUUAUAAGAAUAAUCUCUUGGAAACAACCAACUAAAACAAUCAGUGUUUUAAUUUUAUAUACUGCUGCAUGCAUUUGGCCACAUUUGGUAUUGGCAUACCCGUUGAUAUUUGUCUUAUUUGGUAUUUUGAUCCCUGGGUUUGUAUACAGACAUCCAAUGAGAAACCCUGAUUUGAUUAAGGUUAAAAAGAGAGGUCAAUCGUUGUUAAGUUUUUUAUUUGAAUCACCAGAUACUAGUAUUGUUGAAGAUUUGAUCAAUGAAGAUUAUCUUCGUGAAGAUGCCGAAGUUGCAUCAUCCACAUAUUCCAUUUCAGAGGAUGUUUCUGAAGCAGCAGCUUCCUCUUCACAGAUGGCUAGCGAAUCAGAUACCUCUGGAGGAGGAGGAGGGGGAGACAAUAGCCCUAAAAAAGAGACCGCCAAACAUAGAAAGUCACAGGUUGCAUUAUUAAUUAACUUACGAGAUUUUCAAAAUUUAACUACAGAUAUCUUAAAAGGGGUCAACGAAGCAGAAAAGUUUUAUUAUGAAACUGCUGGGUUUAAAGAUGAAAGAUUGUCUACAUUUAUAUUUUAUGCAGUAUUGGUUGCAACAUUUGGUAUACUUUUUGUUGGUCAGUUUAUGCCUUGGAAAUUGAUUUUUAUUCAAGCAGGCUGGGGAGCUGGUAUUUUAUCUCAUCCAAAAUGCAAAAAGUUCAUAGUAGAUGCUAGUAAAGCUAGAAAACAAAAAGCACUUCUUGCCAAAUUGAAUGAAAAAGAAAAUGCUGCUGAAUCCACUCCCGAUAUUGUAGUUGAAGAUACAGAUGGAGUGAUUAAACAAUUUGAUCGAAACGAUAUUAUUGUUGACGAUUCACCAGAAGUUAGAGUGGUUGAAGUAUGGGAAUUACAGAUAAAGAGUAUUCUUAAACAUUCAUGGUCAUUUUACAGAUACUCCAAUACAAUUUUUGACAAGAAUAAUAAAUUGAGAGUAGCAGGCAAGAGACCAUCUGGUGUUGAGCAAUUAUCCAAAGUGUAUCCACCGGUUGACUGGAAGUUUGAUUUUGGACUUGAAAACAAAUGGAAUUUGGAUUCUGAUCCAGGUGAGUUUAUUCGUCAAAGAUCGUUGAAUCCGUCGUUAUUCAUCAUUAAAGAAGGUGAGAAAGAAGGGUGGAUAUAUGACAACAUGAAAGACAUUGUUCAUCUGGAUAUUGUGUAUGAGUUUAGAAGAAGAAGAUUAUCGAGGGAAUGUUACAGAUACGGCCGUCCUCCAAAAGAACCAAGUGGGUAUUAA